GUUAGAGAUUUAAAUUUGAAAACUGUCUCCUGUUCUUAAUCAGUUGGAUCUGUGUGGCAGCAACCAGCCAUCAUCUCUCAGCUCCUUCUCUUUGAUUCAAUUACUGUCUCAUCUUCCCACCAGGGAUGGAGCUCCCAGCCCCAGCAACUCCCAACUCUAGCCUCUCCUCAGUGCUCCGUCUCUUCCGGAGCCUAGCAGGGGGCAAAAAUAGUCACCAGGUCCCAGACCAAGCCCUGGUCUCAGGCAGGGGCCAGGAACAGGAUGUUAUCCCACUAAUGGGAACAGAAGAUGCCUCAGGGCCUAGCCGGGAAGAGCUGGUCCUUCAGGCCAAGACAUCUCACUCCCUCCACCUGCCAGGACCCAAGGGAUCUCAUCACCAGAUGGACAUAGCUGGCUUGGGGAUGGGGGACUCUGGCGUCCAAGCCUCAUCUGAGCUCCAAGAGGAAGGAAUCCAGGGCCCUGAGGGGAAGCUGGCACUAGCAGUUGCAGGGCAAGACCUACCCAUUGACCAACUGGAGAACGAGGAAGAGGAAGUAGCCGGAGAAGCCUCAGGAGAUAUGAGGACUGUAGGAAGGGGGCAUUCUGCCCAGGCCAUGUGUGGGGAAAAUGAAAGCCUCCCCAUGGCCAUGGGGUCCCUGGUGAUCAGCCCAGAAGCCUUCACAGCAGAAGAGGAGAAGGAGUGUCUACUCCAGAAAGACCUCAGACUGGGCUCAGCAACAGCUGAGGGAACCCCAUGGAACCGACUCCUCAACAUAUACAAGCAGCUUCGGAAGCCAGCAACAGCUAAGGUCCGAGGGGUCGUGAAAGGGCACAGAUCGGAAAGGUUCCCCCCACAGGAAAGCCUGACCCGUCAGGAAAACCAGGAGGAUGUAGAAGUUGUUGAGGAAGAAGAAGGAGAGAAAGAAGAAGACAGUUCUUUCAGUCUCAGCGUUCAUGGUUUUGCUACUAUUCAGUCUCCUCUGCACAAGACUUUCAAAUCUACCGACACAGUGGGCUUUGUGGAGAAUGAGCUGAAGAAGGUGCUGGCAGUUCAGAGGGAGUCUCGGCUCUGGAAGACAGGUGGUCAGGAAGGUCGAGAACUUCUGAUCUAUCCUGAGAUCACCUUGGAAGAGGCGGGCAUUGUGGAUGGCCAGGCAGGAGAAGUAUCCUGGGUCUCAAGGGGAGAAUAAACCUGCCCUCCCUGUGCUUACUUUGGCUCCACACCUAGUAAUGAGCACCUGCUCCUGGAAGAAAUGGAUGAAAUGGGAAAUUGGCCCCCAGACUGAGACCCAGUCAUGGUUCCACUGAGUCUGCUCUCUCCCUCUGCAGAUACCUUGGAUGGGGGAGAAAUGGAGAGGCGGAGAGGGUGUAUCUCCCCAUCUAACAUUUCCAUGAAGAUGGUGUCAUGGGUUGGGCUGUUUCCCCAUGUCUAUGUUACGGGCUUGGGUGGCACGGUCCAUUUGUCCUCCCAUCUGGGGCACAUGACUGAUAUUGCUACUCGUUGUGCCCAGAAGGUACCCCUUACCAAGCAGACUCAGUCACUAUUAUUAAAAAUCUAGAUUG